AUGGACCAGGGGGUGAUUGCCACCUUCAAGGUCUACUAUCUCCGCCGCACAUUCCAUCAGCUGAUUGAACACAUGGGCCGCGAGGACAAACAAUCAAUGUUGGACUUCUGGAAGCAGUACCACAUCAUAAAGGCUGUCUCCAACAUUGAUCUUUCCUGGAAGGAGAUGACACAGCAGUAUCUCAAGGCUGUGUGGAAAAAGAUCUGGCCAGAGCUGUGA